AUGGAGAUCGUGGUUUAUAAAUGCCGCAUAAAACUUGAGUACGUCAAGGAUCAUUUCGAUGCUAUUGUAAUAUCUUUACAGUCUCAGGCCGCUACGUCUACAUCCACUGGUGAAAGUGCAUCCAUCCCAGCUACACCGGUUAUUGCUCCUUCUGACUCUGUAGCGUUCCUUCGCCGCGACCUCUCUGGCAUGAACAUGGCAUCCGACAUGUCUUCUGUGUCUGGCGCCCCUUUACAUGCAGCAAUGUCUUCAAUCUCGCAUAAUCCCUCUGAUAUAUCCAUAGUUGAAGCUCCCCCAGACAAUGUAGAAUACCGCACUUGUACCGUGUCUUUCAAGAGCCUUUUACGAAAGGGCGUGCCUUCCGACCUCGUCGAGUCAUUUUUGCAGAAGCUAAGUACUGCAUUGCAUGAUGUAUCUGACUAUGUUAUGGACUUGCAAUUGGUGGUAUAUACAUUGAUGCUCUCAAUGAAGUCUUCGCAGCUCUUAGCUUGUAGUGGUAAUAGAUUCUCUCCCCUCACCCAUCUCGGUGCUGAUGAAGGCAAUUUGACUGAUAGUACUGGUACUGCUGCUGGUAGCGAUGGCAAUGGCGUUGAUCAAGUUAUUACGAACGAUGCUAUUGACAAGGAUGAAAUUCGUGAUGGCAGUGUUAAAUGCGAUGGAGAUCUCAAUGGUGAUGAUGGCGACGCCGGCGCUACUGCUAAUGACCGUGGUCAGACAGCAAUAUUUGAACCUCUGCCAGAGUCAUACAAGAUGCGUGCUGAAGAUAUCGACUUUGGUUCUGGCCAAUUCAUGAGGCGAAAGAUCACUUUGAAAGACAAGAAAACAACAGAAGAAGGAAAGAGGGUUCAAGAGAUUCAGCAACAAUUGCUGAGAUCCAGUGUGUUCAGAGCCAAAGAGGUAGAGGAUAUCAUGUCAAAUCUUGAUGCACACAGAAGCAAUGGCCAAGCAUUGCAAGCGUUCUACCACUCAAAGAAGCAGAAUACUCUCUCUAACAAGGUUGAGCACUUUGACAGGCGUUUCCGUUCUCGUUUCGCUUCGCAUGAAAGAUCCUUUUGCGCUGGUGUUCGUCCCCAAACAUCACUUACAAUGUUCAUUGGAGAUCGUGGUCAUUGUGCCGGCUCUCGUUUGAAGGGCCACAUGAAGUUUGGUGGAAAAUGGAAGCCUCGCUUACAUUCAUCUGUCGCCACUGUGCAUACUACCAACGAACACAAGACAUCCCAGGCGUGCAUGUACUGCUUUGGUCCCAUCUCUCAUCCCACACAAACCAUCAGAACAAAGGAUGGUAAGACCAAGACGAGGUCCAUUCAUGGAGCAUUCCUGUGCUCAAAUCCUGCCUGUGUGUCCGUUCUCAAUCACAGAGCCAUUCAAGGUAGAGACAAGACAUCUGCUUUGGCCAUCGCUGUCUCUGGGCUUUCCACUCUCUUAUUUAGACAGCCAUUGCCUGUAUUCAACCCAAAACCUAGUCAAUCCAACACUGGCAUUAUCUCCAAGAUCACCUCUUUCUGCAACAGAAACGAGAAACGGGACGGCAGCGGUGCUGCAUUCGCGGACGCUUGA